AUGUCAGACUCAUCAGCACAAUCCCUCAAACAGCUCAAGAUCAAGACGGGCGUAGUCAAGCGAUUACACAGGGAAGAAUCGAUAUAUGUUCAAGAAGUGGUCGAUCAGAAGAGAGUCAUUGAGAAGCUCAAAGACAAUGGUGCAGAUGGUGCUGAUAUCCGAGCAGCCGAACGAGUCUUGAGGGAUUCCGAGAUGAUGAUACCCAGGACGAAGAGUCAAUUGGAAGAGGCCGUACAAGCUUUGGAUGAUCUGGUCACCGCACUCCAAUCGGAAGAUUCAAUCAACGGUAGCGUCGAGUACAAAGAUGCAGUAGAACAAUUGAAGCAGGUUCAGGCUGCUUGA